UUUUUAGGGCAAAUCAUUUCACCCUCCCCAAUCGCCUCCGUCUCUAUUCUCGAUCUCAACUCUGAACCCUCUUUCUCUGUGCAACAAUAUCAAAACCCAUAUCGGCAUAUCAUUUCAGAUUGUUCAAAAAAUCAAAACCCAUAUCUUUCAGUUUCCAUCGUCCGCUGUUCCAGUUCGGGUUCGCCGUUCGUAAGCUUCAGCCGCUGGCCCGCUGUCUCUCAACUCUCAAGCUUGCCCCCCCUCUCUCUCUGCAACUACUAACUUGUAUGUAUGGGUUUUGUUUUAAAUUUUUUUCUAAAUCAACUAAUCAAGAUUUUGUUUCUCAGAUGGCACAGAGAGGAGUUUGGCAACUACAAAAGCUAAUUGUGUGCUACUGUGAUUGGGGAGGAAGUAGCAGGGGUAUCAGGGCAUUUAUGGAAUCUCAUUUGCCGGCCAUUAAAGAGAGUAAUCCUCAGCUGGAGGUGGUCACGGAGCUCAUUCGUGGUCAGCAUCCACAUUUAAAAGGCUCUUACAGAAACAAGAACGAGCGGGUUAUAUGUGUGAAGAACAUGACUCCAGAAGACAUACUUUUACAUGCAACCAGGUUAAGGAAUGCAUUGGGAAGGAAGGUGGUGAAGCUGAAGACAAGACAUGUAACCAAUCACCCUAGUGUGCAAGGUACAUGGACAACUGACUUGAAGUUUUGAGAUGCUAGAAAAUCUCCAUGGGAGCUUCAUUUGGUCGUUCUUGAAGAAUUUGUUACACCAAGCUGGCUUGUCCUAGCCUGCGGUUUGUUUCAUGCAAUGGGUUUUAAUGGCAUGAUCUAUAAUGAAACAGUACAUUUCGAGUUCACUGGAUAAUUUUGUUAAUUAAUUUAAUUAUUUCGGCCUCCAA